AUGACAGCCCGUGACCCAUUGCAGAAAGAACUGGCGACAAAGAAGAAAGAGGAGAGGAAAACUCAAGCUGAAUUGGAGAAGCAGCAGGCAAGACAGCACAAUGCUGAAGCCAAACAAAGGGAGAGCACUCCAGCUGGAAGGCAUGCUGGGUAUACUGCUACCACGGGUGUUCGUGGGACCACAACUGGAGCACACCAUAUGUCAACAACGCCGGGACAAGGGACUGGACAGGGACAGCUGGGUCAAGUGACUCAUGAGCGUGUGGUGGAGGAGUCUCAUCCUAUUGGGCCCAGGAGGACCACAACCCAUAAUACCAGUGUGGAAGGGAAUAAUCCCCCAGGAUCAUAUGGGUCUGGGUAUGGGACUGCUCCUGGUGGUAACUACAGUUAA